GAAUACUUAUACGACACUGCCGAAGUCGAUUGACAUUCUUUUUUAUGAUAACAAAUGUCAAAAUCUUUCGUUCAUUUAGCACAAAAUGUAAUUUACAGAAAGAUAUUAGCGAUUUAUGCAAAUUACGGUGGUAAUUGCGCAUCAAUUCUGACCAAAAUUUGCUAAAAAGUAGUGUUUCUUUGGUUGACAGAGGGGACAAAAUUGAAAAAUAUAAACAAAAUGGAAACGUCACCUGAUUGAUGUGCUGUGUUGUGAUUCCAGUUUUUCUCAUAACAACCGUCUAUCAACCGUGUCGGACAAUAUAAAAAAGUGUUUGUUACGUGAUUUGUUGUGCCAUUGUUGUGAUAGUAUUCGUUUCUGAUGUGACCUCAUUAUGAAUUGGUUCGACACGUCAGGCCUGACGAGUUUGGCAAAGACAGCCUUGAAGGAGGCCCAGAAGACCAUCGACAAGGCUCUAGACAUACAGGAUGAGAGCGGCGAGGAGCCGGAGGAUGAGUCCCCGCCGCAGAGCACCGCGAAAUCGUCUCCGAGCAAGAGUGGGACGCCUCAAAAAGACAGUGAUUUCUUCUCUUCGUGGGGCUUGACCGUGAGCGCUGAGAGUGGCAAGGAUGACCCCAUCAAAGAGCAGCCAGUGGUCACGGAGAGCCCGUCGAAGUCGACCUCGCAGAGCUUGUGGGGAUCCUUCGCAGGUUCAUUCUUUGAACAACCUACAAGUGAGCAUGAUUCCACCAUAGUCCAACCUCCCAAAGCCAAAUCUAUGAAUGUGAUUGCUGACGCCAAAUAUGGCAGUCAAGAUGAUUUAUUUUCUAAAAGCCAGCUAGUUAUGUCAGACGGGGCUGAAGGUUUAGAAUUCAAGAUUGCUAAAACAUCAAAAGAUGAUUUUUCAAAAGUUGAAGACCGGAGAGGUUCAACGCGUUCAAAUAGGUUAUCAUUGGUGUCUAGCAGAAACAGUUCUGAUUCUGUAGAAGUUUUGUCACACAGUUUAAAAACUACCCCCGAUUCAGAAGCAGCUUCCGGGCAGUCCAUGUCGCACAGCAGCAGUGUGGGGCAAAAACUCAACUCUGACUCUGUGGAAAUAUUACCCGAUAGUUUGGUUAGUCCGAGUUCUAUUGAGUGCCUUGGCUUUGACAGUUACUCUAGUGAUAGAAAUAGUAGCUCCACAUCAUCCCACUUAUCUCCUGGUGAUGUGAGCGAUAAGAAGUCCACUCCUGUGGGAGAGCGGACUGAGAGAGCCGAGACUGCUGAUAGUGUGAGCCUGGUUGCAGACGAUGAUGAAGAUACUAUGUCUUAUAAUUCUAUAUCGGAGUGUACCGCACCAACAGUUUUAGAUACAGACGACAAAUCUGCUAGUCCCUUUCCAAAAAUGCUUAGGAGUGAAAGUCGAAAAAUUUUAGAGAAGGAUUUCAUACAUUUAGAACAGUCGGUGUUGCCCCAUCGAAUGCAAAUCAGUGAGAACUCAUCUAAUGAUGGCUCAUGGUCUGAUAGAACUCUAAACGCUGACAAUGAGAGCAUUAUUUUGGAAAAUACAGUAGAAGAGCCAAAAAAAGAAAUGGAUCAAGAAGAUAUUUUGAUGGAGAAACUUAGUGACUCCUCGUCGUUUUACAAUGUGAACGUGUCUGUGGACAUGCUCAGGUCUGAGAGUUCUGCAUUUGUAAAUGUUGAGAAGCAGCAGUGCAGCGGGCCUGACAGCGACUCCUCCCAAAAAGAGGGGAGCUUAAAGGAGAGGACUUCUCCAAUUAGUUCAGAUAGUAAAAGUGAUUUAGUGAAGAUUGGCUCCGACAGGACGUCUGGACACACGUCUGGGGAUGAGCUGGAGACAGCCACUUCGUCGGAUAUUGAAAUAAUUCCAAGCCCCAACGGUGACGGUCAUUUUUGCAGAAGUAGUCCAGCCAAGUAUGGGUUAAGGCAGUCCAAAUUUGAUGGAACAACAUCACCGAACCUGGUAGACUUGGUGCUGGGGAAGUCAUUAGCUACAAAGAUACGGGGACACAAUCGGGAGUUGUCGGAGGCUUCCAUUCAAAGCAACACCAGUGAUGAGAGUCAGAGUUCUGAGAAUGAGAGGUUGAUGAGAAGGCUGUGUGAAAUGGCCGAAAUCUUGGAGGCACGGGAGAACAGACUGAUGGAGGUGAGCCGGAACAAUGCGGAGCUGGCGGAGAGUAAUGCGGACCUCAAGAGCCAGCUGGACUCGAUGGUGGCCAAGCACGAGAGCGGCGAAAUCAACAUGAUCACUGAAGACUACACACAGAGGAUGUCGGCGUUGGAAAAGAAAUUCCAGCAAGCGAUAAGAGAAAAGGAUCAGCUAAGAAAACAACUAGAUACCCUCAAGACCGAGUCGUCUCGGAAGAACUCGUCCGACCUCGAGAACAGCCUGAAAGAGAAAGACGACGUUAUCACCCAGCUACAGGAGGAGGGAGAGAAGCUGGCGCGGCAGCAGCUGCAGCACUCCAACAUCAUCAAGAAGCUCCGCGCCAAGGAGAAGGACAAUGAACAGGUCAUCAAGAGCCUAAGAGACAAGAUAGCAGACCAGACGAGCGAGCUAGAGCGACUGAAGCGCUCGCUUUCUGCCAAGGAAGAGCUGGAGGUGAGCCAGGUGGAAGCCGUGUACCGGCUCACCACCGCCAACAAGAAGCUGGACGCCGAGCUGGCAGAGACAAAAAGCGCGCUAGACGACGCUACACACCGGCUGGAGUCGACGCGGACGUCGCUGGACGCGGCGCGGCGCGAGCUCACCGCGCUCCGCGGCAGCGGCGACGAGCUGGCCCGCACACGCGCGGCACACGCGCGUCUCGAGCACGACUUGCGUGCCGCCCGUGCUGACGCCGCCGCGCGCGCCGCCGAGCUGGCGCGCCUGCGGGCCGACGUCACGGCCGGUGAGUGUGACGUCAUUGGUGAGGAGCAGCCCGCGACCUGCGUGCCGCCCGUGCUGAAGCUGCCGCGCGUGCUGCCGAGCUGGCGCGCCUCCGGGCCGACGUCACGGCCGCACGACCUGCGUGCUGCCGAGCUGGCGCGCCUGCGGGCCGACGUCACGGCCGGUGAGUGUGACGUCAUUGGUGAGGAGCAGCCCGCGACCUGCGUGCCGCCCGUGCUGACGCUGCCGCGCGUGCUGCCGAGCUGGCGCGCCUGCGGGCCGACGUCACGGCCGGAGCGUCGCUGGGCGAGCCGCGAAGAAGCGCUUCGACGGGAGGUCCGCGAGGCUCGCGAGCUGGCGUGCGCGGACGCAGCGCCGGCGCCCGCUGAGUCGUGCGGGGCCCUGCUGGCGCAGCUGGCGGCCCUGCAGCGCGCCGCUCUCCAGCGGGACACCGCGCACGCGCACCACACGCGCGCCCUCCGCGCCCAGCUGGGUGAGUGUCGCGCGGGGCCCGGCGCCCCGGCCUCGUGCGGGCCCUGCUGGCGCAGCUGGCGGCCCUGCAGCGCGCCGCUCUCCAGCGGGACACCGCGCACGCGCACCACACGCGCGCCCUCCGCGCCCAGCUGGCUGGCGGCCCUGCAGCGCGCCGCUCUCCAGCGGGACACCGCGCACGCGCACCACACGCGCGCCCUCCGCGCCCAGCUGGGUGAGUGUCGCGCGGGGCCCGGCGCCCCGGCCUCGUGCGGGCCCUGCUGGCGCAGCUGGCGGCCCUGCAGCGCGCCGCUCUCCAGCGGGACACCGCGCACGCGCACCACACGCGCGCCCUCCGCGCCCAGCUGGCUGGCGGCCCUGCAGCGCGCCGCUCUCCAGCGGGACACCGCGCACGCGCACCACACGCGCGCCCUCCGCGCCCAGCUGGUGUCGCGCGGGGCCCGGCGCCCCGGCCUCGUGCGGGCCCUGCUGGCGCAGCUGGCGGCCCUGCAGCGCGCCGCUCUCCAGCGGGACACCGCGCACGCGCACCACACGCGCGCCCUCCGCGCCCAGCUGGCGGAAGCGGAGACAUCUUUAGCCAAGGCAGUGGAACGUGAGCGGGUGUCUCGCGAGGAGGCGGCGGCGGCUACCUCUCGCUUGAGCGCGGCAGAAGGCUUGCUACAGGACGCACAGGCUCGCCUAGACGCCGUCACCGCGCACGCACAGCAGUUGCUCAAUAGAGUCACUAAGCUGGAGGAAGAACUAGCCAACAAAACAUCCGAGCUGGACAGGGUUCUGUGCGAGAAGGCAGCGACGGCGUCGGAGCUUCGCGGGCAGCUGGCGGCGGCGCAGCAAGCGCUGGACGCCGAGCGAGCGGCGCUGGAUACUGAGAGGAAGCGGAACUCUAUCCUUCAGAUUCGCGGGCCUUGA